GAAUGAAAGCAAAAUAUGCCACCACUCCAUUCCACAAGGUUCACUUUCCCUAUUUACUCUCCACUCUUCCACCUCCUUACCGCCUCCAAACUCACCACCACCACCGCCAGCAAAACCUUAAUCCCCGCCAUGUCCUUCUCUUCCUCUUCAGUCUCCAACCCCAAACAACCCCAAGACCCACAAGACAAAGAUCUCCAUUUGCAGCAGGUACUCAAGUACCACAACCAGACCAAGCACCAGUUCACCAAAUACGCCAGAGGCCCCCACGGCCUCGACUGGGCCAACCAGCCCAACCCAUUCCGUCGGUACGCCCCCGCCCCUCUCCUUCCUCUCCUGCACUGCCCCACAGACAAUCAAACCCCAGACACUCCUCUGUAUUCCUCUCUGUUCCACUCUCUCCCUCCUCCAAAACCCAUCUCCAAAUCCACCAUUUCUCAGUUUUUCUACGAUUCUUUGGCUCUCUCAGCUUGGAAAACUGCUGGGUUUUCGACCUGGUCGCUCAGAGUCAAUCCCAGCAGCGGCAAUUUACACCCCACCGAGGCUUAUAUCAUUUCUCCCCCAAUAGAAUCGCUCUCCGAUUCAAGUUUCGUAGCGCAUUACGCUCCGAAGGAGCAUGCUUUGGAGCUCAGAGCUGAAAUCCCAUCGUGGGUUUUCUCCGGUUUCUUCCCCAAGGACUCGUUCCUCAUUGGGUUGUCGUCGAUUUUCUGGAGGGAGGCCUGGAAGUACGGCGAACGCGCUUUUAGGUACUGUAAUCACGAUGUGGGUCAUGCUAUUGCUGCGGUUUCGAUGGCUGCAGCGGAGCUUGGCUGGGACGUGAAGCUUCUUGAUGGGCUGGGUUAUGAGGAUUUGGAGAAGCUAAUGGGGCUUGAAAUGUUGCCAAGGUUUCAAAUUCCUUCUCGGCCUGUUAAAGGGCGGUUUCCCGAGAUGGAAUUUGAGCAUCCGGAUUGUAUUCUGGUGGUUUUUCCUAACGGGGUUGGUGAAUUUGAUGUGAAUUAUAAGAAGUUUAGUUUGGUGAUGUCGGAAUUUUCAAAAUUGGAGUGGAAGGGAAAGCCGAAUUUGCUUAGUAAAGAGCACAUUUGUUGGGACGUAAUCUAUAGAACGGCAGAGGCCGUGAAGAAAGAGUUAAGUAUUGGUGAUAAGUUUUUAGUUGAUCCAUUUCAGAGUAGUGGGAUUUGUAGUGAAAGUUCAUAUAAGGGUUUUACAGUUAGGGAAGUGAUUAGGAAGCGUAGGAGUGCGGUUGAUAUGGAUGGAGUUACUGUGAUGGAUAGAAGCACAUUUUAUCAGAUUCUUUUGCAUUGUCUUCCUUCGGGUUCUCAAUAUGGAGGGAAGCAGAAGAGGUCUUUGGGAUUGCCAUUUCGGGCUCUUCCUUGGGAUGCGGAGGUUCAUGCUGCUUUGUUUGUUCAUAGGGUGGAAGGGUUGCCACAGGGUUUAUAUUUCUUGGUGAGGAAUGAAGACCAUUUUGAUGAGCUCAAGAAAUCAACGAGGUCCGGAUUCAAGUGGGUAAAACCAGAGGGUUGCCCGGAUAAUCUUCCUUUAUACGAACUUUAUAGAACUGAUUGCCGUGCCCUUGCUGAAAAGCUCUCAUGCCAUCAGGAAAUUGCCAGUCAUGGAUGCUUCAGUCUUGGUAUGGUAGCUUGUUUUAACCCUAUGUUGCAAGAUAAAAAAGUGUGGAUGUAUCCUCGAUUGUUUUGGGAGACUGGAGUACUUGGGCAGGUGCUGUAUCUUGAAGCACAUGCCGUUGGUAUUUCUGCGACAGGAAUUGGUUGCUAUUUUGAUGAUCCUGUGCAUGAGUUGCUUGGGUUGAAAGGGUCAAACUUCCAGAGUUUAUACCAUUUCACGGUGGGAGGUCCGGUCAUUGAUAGGCGGAUUAUGAGCCUACCGGCCUAUCCUGGCCCUGACGUUGAUGCGUGAUUGCAGGAUAUACAAGAAGCGCCUGCCAAUUAGGUUUUCGUUUGGUAAACACAUACUUAGGGACCUUGUAUUAGUUUAAUAACCGCCGAGCAUUGUAAACUUUGACAAAUCACGUUCAAUGGCUAUGGCGACACAAUAACUAGGAGAAAAGUAUAAUUUACUUGUAUUUGUUUCACUCCUUAAACAGUUGCCAUUUUAUGAAAGUUGGAUGGGUUGUGUAA